UGAGGGGGACGGUAAACUGUGCUUUUGUAUUAGGAAGAUGCUGGCUUCCCAUUCACUCUUAGUUUCACCCUCCAAACUGGGAUUGAGUUACUCUUUCCCGGAGGCCCGUCCUUGGGUGGCCUGCGGGGACACUGGCUAGUUGUGCGAUAAUUGCUUCAUUUUCUUUCCUCUCGCCUCCGUUCUUUUUUCUUUAUAGGGAAUAAAAUAUGAAAUGCUUACAUUCUUACUGGACGGCCUAAGAUAUUCGUCGUCGAUGUCUCUAAAUAAAAGAUAUACUUUGUUAACUAGCCCUGCCUGUAUGUUCAAAGUUCCCAGCACACUAAACUUUCAGCAAGCUUGCACCACAUGUGUCCCACCGCCUUGCUCUAAGUCCGUUAAGGGUGGGGCCGCUGUAUCUCCCACGUGGACUUGGGCAUGCUACCUCUUGUUCAUAGGUGCUCAAAGAAAGCCAGCGAUCGCACCUGACUGGCAGAGCAAAAAGUACAGUACAGCAGGUCCUCGAAUCGCAUUUUUUCUUUCAGUGUCAUUUUGUAUAACUUGAUGAGAAAAAAUAAUAAUUUCCUACCGGGGCUACUGUUUGUGUGGACCUUGCCCCUUCUCCCCACGUCUGCAUGGGUUUUCACCAGGUACCCCAGGGUACUGCCUCCCACAUCUCAGUGCAGGCUGGGUGAAUUGGCCUUGUCUGUGUUUCCUGUCUGAGUGUGAGUGUGAGUGCUCCCUGCGAUGGAAUCUCGUCGUGUCUAAGGGUUGGUUCCCACCUUGCACCCUGAGCUGAGGGGAUAGGCUUCAGCCACCCUCGACCCUGAACUGGAAUAAUUAGGUACUGCUUAGGAUGAAUACGAUCUGGAGAAAUUCCAUUUCUUGUCUAAGGCUAGGAAAGGUACCACACAGAUACCAAAGUGGUUACCACCCAGUGGCCCCUCUGGGAUCAAGGAUUUUAACUGACCCAGCCAAAGUUUUUGAACACAACAUGUGGGAUCACAUGCAGUGGUCUAAGGAAGAAGAAGAAGCAGCCAGAAAAAAAGUAAAGGAAAACUCAGCUGUGCGAGUCCUUCUGGAAGAGCAAGUUAAGUAUGAAAGAGAAGCUAGUAAAUACUGGGACACAUUUUACAAGAUUCAUAAGAAUAAGUUUUUCAAGGAUCGUAAUUGGCUGUUAAGGGAAUUUCCUGAAAUUCUUCCAGUUGAUCAAAAACCUGAAGAGAAGGCGAGAGAAUCAUCAUGGGAUCAUGUAAAAACUAGUGCUACAAAUUGUUUCUCAAGAAUGCACUGUCCUACUGUGCCUGAAGAAAAAAAUCAUUAUGAGAAAAGUUCUGGCUCUUCAGAAGGUCAAAGCAAAACAGAAUCUGAUUUUUCCAUCCUAGACUCUGAAAAACACAAAAAAGGACCUAUGAAGACUGGAUUGUUUCCUGGUAGCAAUGCCACUUUCAGGAUACUAGAGGUUGGUUGUGGAGCUGGAAAUAGUGUGUUUCCAAUUUUGAACACUUUGCAGAACUCUCCAGAGUCCUUUCUGUAUUGUUGUGAUUUUGCUUCUGGAGCUGUGGAGCUCGUAAAGUCACACUCGUCCUACAGAGCAGCCCAGUGUUUUGCCUUUGUUCAUGAUUUAUGUGAUGAUGGCUUACCUUACCCUUUUCCAGAUGGGAUCCUGGAUGUCAUUCUCCUUGUCUUUGUGCUCUCUUCUAUUCAUCCUGACAGGAUGCAAGGUGUUGUAAACCGACUGUCCAAGUUACUGAAACCUGGGGGAAUGCUGUUAUUUCGAGACUAUGGAAGAUAUGAUAAGACUCAGCUUCAUUUUAAAAAGGGACAUUGUUUAUCUGAAAAUUUUUAUGUUCGAGGAGAUGGUACCAGAGCAUAUUUCUUUACAAAAGAGGAAGUCCACAGUAUGUUCUGCAAAGCCAGUUUAGAUGAAAAGCAAAAUCUGGUUGAUCGCCGCUUACAAGUUAAUAGGAAAAAACAAGUGAAAAUGCACCGAGUGUGGAUUCAAGGCAAAUUCCAGAAACCAUUGCACCAGACUCAGAAUAGCUCCAAUAUGGUAUCUACACUCCUUGCACAAGACUGAACUUUGUAACAUGUUAACGUACAAAGCCAGAGGACUGUGCUAUUCAAGGACUACUGUAAGUCUAUUGUUUCGCAAAAGAUAAUGAGAAAAAAUAAGAGAAUUUGUAUUUCCUGCUGUUUUGUCAUAGGUGAGCUCCUUUGUGCGUUUUAAGCACAUGUAAGUGGUUCGGCACAGUGUGCCUUUUUCUGUGCUUUGAAAACUUGAUAUGCCCAAGCUUGUUUGAAUUUAUUACAUCUAACCAUUUUGCUUGUUCCUUGAUUUUUAUAAGCAUUCAAUUAAAUUAGUAUUAUGUCAAGUAAUUUUGAGAAAAUGUAACUUGACAUUUUUUGCAAGUAAAAAAAAUUGUUUAUUUGUUUAGGCUUAGUAAACCAGUUCCCAAACACAGUCAGACUUCCCAUUGUCAUCUGAUUACAGAGAGAAAGCACACCUUAUUUCCAGGGAAAGCUACAACAAGCCCAAGGUCAAAGUGUAUUAUUUUUUGUCUUGUUGUUGUCUAUUUUCUCCCAAUUUUUUUUUUAAAUUCAGAGGCUGAUAUCUGAAAUAGAAUUUUAGUUCCUCUUUCCUUUCCUAAAAUUGGGGAAGUAUAGCCCAUGCUGACAUUAUUUUCAGGCUAUUCUUAGAUAUACAAGUUGUUAGGCCAGGUGCAGUGGCUCACACCUGUAAUCCCAGCACUUUGGGAGGCUGAGGCAGGCAGAUCGCUUGAGCUCAGGAGUUCGAGACCAGCCUGGACAACAUGGCAAAACCCUGUCUCUCCCAAGAAUACAAAAAUUAGCCAGGCAUGGUGGCACACACCUGUGGUCCCAGCUACUCAGGAGACUGAGGUGGGAGGAUCACUUGAGCCUAGGAGGCGGAGUUUGCAGUGAGCUGAGAUUGUACCACUGCACUCCAAACUGGGUGACAGGGUGAGACCUUGUCUCCAAAAAAAAAAAAAAAAAAAAAAGAUAUGUAA